CUCCGAAUGGACGAGCGGGAAAUUCAAAUUCGAACGCCAAGCGGUGGUCGGCUGCUCCAGUCAUAACUGAGUCCACCAAACUCAAUAAUUUACACAAGGACGACGACCGAUGCGGUCUGACAAACGGACACAAUACGGACAAAUGGCGGGACAUGGACGAAGAACUGGAGGAAGAGGAGGAUGAAGAAGAAGAGGAGGAGGAGCUGAUGAACGGAGGAGAAGGUAGGGCGGGCAGAGGAGGCAGUAGGAGGAGAAAUGGCUGGUUGAGAGGAGGCGGAGGAGGUGCUCCUUUCGCCAGAGAUGGCAGUAAUCGGCUGUCCAUGCAGUUUCUGGGAGAAUCGCCCACACAAGGGCCUGAGAUGGGCGGAUGCAGCCGACAGGGCGUCCAAGGGGGGAACUCGCUGUCUCUGCCCAGGGAGGCCUCCACAGGGAUGCCAGGAUCAGAAGGAGCCUCUGGGACAAGCCAACAGUGCCCCACUUCAGACCAACAACCUCCUAGUGAACGAUGGGAGCUGAUCUGCCUGUCGACAGAGAGCGGUGCGCUGGGCAUCCACGUGGUGCCCGAUGUGGUGGGGGGAGGUGGUGGCCUGGUGGUGCAGGCGGUGGAAGAGGGGGGCAGGGUGGACAGAGAUGGCCGCCUCAAGCGUGGAGACCGCAUCACACAGAUCAACGGGCGCACUCUUAUCGACCAGCCGUUCCAUGUGGUCCAGGACAUUUUCCGCGAAUCUCUCCGCUCUUCUGAACUACGUCUGCGUGUUGUCACCUGGAGGAGGAGAGAGAGAGCGGAUAGAAGGAGAGCAAGAGACCGAUUAGAAGGUGGAGGUGGAAGAGAGAGAAUUGACGGUAGAGGAGGGGGAAAAAAUGGA